AUGGUUAAUAUUCCCUGGUGUUUAUAUAGGCUCCAAGAGCAGAUUCCAGGCCCUUCAGCACUGGGCCAGCUCCAGCACCAUGGCUUUCUCCUGGCAGGCAGUGCUGGCCUGCAGGAAAUACCUGAUCAUCGUCCUGGUACCCCUGGUGUUCCUCCCUCUGCCCCUGGUUCUGCCCACCAAGGAGGCACUGUGUGGCUAUGUGAUCAUACUGAUGGCACUUUUCUGGUGCACAGAAGCUCUGCCUUUGGCUGUCACAGCUCUCCUGCCCGUCCUGCUGUUCCCACUAAUGAAUAUCAUGGAUUCAACCACAGUGUGUCAGGAGUACCUGAAGGACACCAACAUGCUCUUUUUGGGAGGCCUGGUGAUGGCCAUUGCCAUCGAGACCUGGAACCUGCACAAGCGAGUGGCUCUGAGGGUCCUGCUGAUCACGGGUGUCAGGCCAGCCCUGCUCCUGAUGGGUUUCAUGGUGGUGACAGCUUUCCUGUCCAUGUGGAUCAGCAACACAGCCACCACUGCCAUGAUGGUCCCCAUCGCCCAGGCCGUGAUGGAGCAGCUGCACAAGUCAGAAGCAGAGUCUGGCACCACUGGCCAGGUGUCUGAACACAGCAACAAAGCCUUUGAGCUGCAGGAAAAGUCACCUGACAGCUUCAAAGAGCCAGAGGAAAAAGGUAAUUCUCAUGUCCUGAUAGUUGAGGAAGAGAGAAAGAGAAAUGAAGCGCUUGAGAAGAAACACUUGAAGCUGUCCAAGGGAAUGUCCCUCUGUAUUUGUUACUCAUCCAGCAUUGGAGGGAUUGCCACUCUGACUGGGACAACCCCAAAUCUGGUGCUGCAAGGACAAGUUAAUGACCUCUAUCAAGACAAUGGUGGCAUCAUCAACUUUGCCUCCUGGUUCUCCUUUGCCUUCCCCACCAUGUUGGUGCUGCUGAUUUUGGCCUGGAUGUGGCUGCAGAUCCUGUACUUGGGCUUCAAUUUUAAGGAGAAUUUUGGUUGUGGUGCCAGUCCUGCUGCCAAGGCUAAGGAGAAACAGGCCUAUGAAAUCAUCAAGGAAGAGAGCAAGAAACUGGGCAAAAUGAGCUUUGCAGAAAUAGAAGUUUCAAUCCUCUUUGUUCUCCUGGUGGUGCUGUGGUUUACAAGAGAACCUGGGUUCAUCCCAGGCUGGGCAACAGUUCUCUUCAACAAAGAUAACACAAGCUAUGUCACUGAUGCUACAGUCUCCCUCUUCAUCUCAGUGUUGCUCUUCAUCCUCCCUUCUGGCUUUUCCAACCAGGACAGAGACCAAGAGCAAACAGGGGGCAGGGCAAAGUUCCGGGCCCCUCCACCCCUGCUGGACUGGAAGGUGGUGCAGGAGAAGAUGCCCUGGAACAUCGUGUUCCUGCUGGGAGGGGGCUUUGCCUUGGCCAAAGGCAGUGAGGAAUCUGGUCUGUCUGCAUGGCUGGGCACCAAGCUGACCCCUCUGCAGAGCAUCCCUCCCCCAGCCAUUGCCUUCCUCCUGUGCCUCCUCAUCGCCACCUUCACCGAGUGCACCAGCAACGUGGCCACCACCACCCUCUUCCUCCCCAUUCUGGCUUCUAUGGCUGAAGCAAUUUGCCUCAACCCUCUCUAUGUCAUGCUGCCCUGCACACUCUCUGCAUCUCUGGCCUUCAUGCUCCCCGUGGCAACUCCUCCCAAUGCCAUUGUCUUCUCCUAUGGACAGCUCAGGGUUAUUGAUAUGGCCAAAGCUGGGUUUGUACUCAACAUUCUGGGAGUUCUGACCAUCACCCUGGCCAUCAACACCUGGGCUUCAUCCCUGUUCCAGCUGCAGACCUUCCCCUCGUGGGCCAACAGGACAGGGACCUGCCUGUGA